CGAGCCGCUAUGCUGGCCUCCCGAGGGCCGCCGCCUCCCCCUCCCCCCCCGCGCCCGGCGGGCGGCGCGGCGCCCGGGAGCGCCGCCGCAUGUUCGCCCCGCAGGGCCAUGAUCCUGCCCACCUCCCCUGUGCCGGGUUCUCGACGGCAGGCUACCCGAUGGGCUACAACCCGAUGCAGACGGGGAUGCAGACGGGGAUGCCAGGCACCGCGGCGACGACGUACUACGGGGCGCAGCCCGGCGGCCACGUGCCGGCGACCCAGCCCGUGUACUCGUCGCACCACCGCGAGGAGGAUUACGACCAGACCUUCCCGCAGCCGAUGGGGACGCAGAUGCGGAUGCAGCAGGCGGCGGACAAGCGGAUGCGAGACAGCUUCCAGUCCAACCAGUCUGGCUGCGUCGGCAUGAACCAGCUGCUCCUGCACCAGCACAAGCAGAGGCACCGCGGCACGGACCCUCCCCGCCGACCGCCAGUCGCGGAUACUGCUGUGGUCGGGUGGCUUCUUCGUGCUCCUCGCGGCACUGGGGCUUCUCAUGUCCUCGCUGAGGACCAUGAACGAUGGCCGGUUCUUGAUGUUCGCAUCUCUGAGCUACGCCACCUGGUGGACCAGCAUCUCGCCCACCAUGGCGAGCCGGCCGCGCCGCCCCUGGGCGAGCCUCUUUUCACGCCUGGGGCCUUUUGCUUCGUGGAAGGGGAAGGCUUCUUCGCGGCGCCGCCUCCGGCCACAGCUACCGUCACCCGCCGCUCCUGAGCGCCAUAGAUGCGGCAAAGCUCGGCCCCCAGUGGGGAUUCGUUCCGAUGUCGAAUUGCGGGGAGAGGAUCCCAGCGAGACGAGCGCUGUGUAGGGGAGGAGAGUUGCUUCUUUGUCCCUUUCGUCGCAGCAGUGGCAGCCAUAAUUAGCAGUGGCAGCCGUAGCGCUGUCAGUGAACAGCAGCCACAGCAGGAGGACGAGGACAGGUUCGCUUCAUUCUCUAAUUGACCUGCGAUGUUCGAUCAACAAUUAACUUUGCUGUGGGCGCAAUGUAAACGAGCGGGUCAUGUCCAAAAGUGACGGGCCCCAGGCGGCACCGCAUUUACAGACACAUCACAUCUUGAGACACCUCUGGAUACCCUCGCCA